AUGGGCAACGCCAUUGCCUCACAUGAAGUCGAAAGCAUAUCAGCUGUGACUCCGGAUGAGCUUUGGUACAAAAAGCGACUUUCCUUUUCAGGUAUAUCUCGAGGUGGAAAAUCUACGCCAAGUUUUGAUAUCGAGGCCAAUAACAUUAUCAAUUCUCGCAUAAUCGAUGAUACGUCUCCAGUAGAAGAAAGUAGCUCAGAAAUAGCUUCAGUUUCAUUUUCGCAAGGUAGACGUAAACCACAACAUAUCAGGGCAUCUAAUCCAGAAACUAACCACAAUCCAAAUAGCCAGACAAAACUCGUUAAUGUGGAGCCCAACGACACGUUUUUGGAUAUAGAUAUAAAGGAGCCCACUUUUGUUCAUCCAUCCCAAAGAAAGGCCAAGUGGACUCAGCAAAAACCUGGUUCCCGUAACUUUAUAGAAAAUACAGGUGUUUCAAAAGACUCUUUAUUGGAUGAACAUCUACAACAGCCUAAAAUCUUAAACCAACCUCAGCAAGAUUGUCAGUUGGAAUUUACAGACAUUGGCCCAUCUUCCCAACAGACAGACGUGUUUAAGCUACCAACUAUUCCUAAAUUUGGACAGCUUUGGGCUACUUUGUGUCGAGAAAGCUCCCAGUAUGAGUCUGAAGCAUCCAUUGAAAUUCCGAUUUUUCCAAACUUUGAAUCUCAGCAAGCCAAAGCUGUGGACAUGAAUCCAAAACCAGAUACGAAUAAUUUUCCAGCUGAAGAGAAAUUAUCCAGUUCAAUCUUGUCGACUCAUGAAAUGAGUUCUGGCCGGUACAUCAAUCCCGUUAUUUCUGCAAUCAAAGCAGACAAGAACUAUAUGAAAAAAAAUCGCUCAUCGUGCUCACUUAAUAGCAAUGGUUCCUGCUUGAGCAUUCGUAAAACAUUUGGAAGAUUGGCUGAAAGCAAUGCAUCAAACAGAGGAAGUAGUACCGGUAGUCGCAUCAGCGUGAAUAGUGUUCGCAGCAUCAACUAUUUAGCCUCGACUGAAAAUCUUUUGGAUUCAGAUACAAAGUCGUUACCAUUGGAUAGUAAGACUCACAAGCCUAACACAACAUCAAAAUCAACCGAGAUUUAUACUAAUUUGACGUCACCAUCAGAUCAUUUUGGAAAUAUCAAAAAAUCAAAACAUGUUUCCAAUCAACAGCAUGCUAGAUCCUUGGCACACGCUAAAGAAGCAUUGACAAAAACAAGCUCUUCUAUUUUGCUUCAACAGAACAUUGAACAGCUAUCAUCUAAAGGUCGUAAAAUGCAACUUGAAACAGUUAAAAAAGUAAAAGAAAUUGUCAAAUUCCCACGAAGCAUAAAAAUAAAAUCCACCGAAAAGUCAAGCACCACGCCCGAUAUUCUAUCCGAAAAACGGCAUAUUUUAUCGCAUCAGAUCCAAUUUUAUCACCGAGUGCCAACUGAAGAAGAGAUUUUUCGUUUUCUAGAAUGUAUUUUUCUGUCAACCGAAAUCAAUGCGGAACAUGUGAUAAUUAUGCUGAUAUACAUUCAACGAAUGAUUUCAAAAACCGGUAUAUUUCUUCAGCCCAUCAACUGGGCAAGAGUAGUAAUUGGCAGUGUUAUUUUAACCUUGAAGGUUUGGGACGACCAUGCUGUUUGGAAUACUGAUUUUUGUCAAAUAUUCCCCGACGUAAAUGUCAAGGAUUUCAACCGUCUGGAGCGAUUUUACAUUUAUAGCAUGAAAUACGAUGUUUCUGUAAAAGCAUCAGUGUAUGCUAGAAUCUAUUUUGAACUAAGGGAUCUAGUAGAUGCCAGGAAUCGAUCUUGGGCACUUCAUCCUCUCAAGAAAACUGAAACAAGCAAGAUAAUGAGUCCCGUAAAAAAAUAUGCUAGUAGUGCUCAACCACCUUCAGAAGACGCGAGCCAAGUGGAAGAGGUGCAUGCAUUUGAUAAGUCGCAGACGAACACCAUUCUCCAAACACCAGAUCCGAGUGUGCGACGUUCUUACAGCGAUUAUCAAUUUGUACCGGCAAAAUAUCCUGCAUUCGUACUUUAA